ACGACUCUUGGUAGCAGGCACUUCUCCGUAGUGGGCACUCCACUCAUCGUGUCGUCGUACGGGUUCUCCGCGAGAGGCUGUGGGGCCCGAGCCCGGACGAACGAGCGAGCGAGCGAGCGAGCGAGCGCGACCGGCCGAGCCGCUGGUCGAGUGGGUCUAAGCGGCCGUGAGGACCUCUCCAGGAGUACCCGACAGUCCUCUUCAUUCAUUCAUUCAUCCAUCCAUCCAUCCAUCCAUCCAUCUAUCCAUCCAUCCAGCCAGCCAGCCAGCCAGCAAGUCAGCCAGCGAACCAGCCAGCCAGCCGAGCCAUCCAUCCAUAGACGCUCUCUCCUCUCCUACGGAGAGAGAGUGUAUCCUCGACGAAGGUGGAGGCGAAGCGUAGAGUGGUACAUCUACCAUCGUCUCUCUAUCGGCAGAGUCCAAGGACUCGAAGACCCCCCGGGUGAUUUCAGUCGGCCGCCGGCCGGCUCUGGCCGGCCACUCUCCUCGACCACGUGUGUACCACUGUUACCUUCCGUUUCGUUACGUUCCAUUCCGUUCUCUUCUCGUGCCGUGCCGAUGUUGUGACGUGACGUAUCGUGGCGUGUCGUGGCGUGCCGUGACGUGCCGUGUCUACCUGGUUACCUGGUCUCGCGCGAAACUCUGAAGGAGGCUCGUCGCAGCCACGACUCGGCGGUUACGACCAGCCAUCGAGAAAUUGUGCCUCCCUUUCUCGGUGAUCCGACAAGGUCGCUUAGUUGUUUGUCAGCAUCGACUGGCAAGAGUGGAGGGUGUCUUUUGGCCUUGUCCCAGUGUACCUACCCCGUCGGUCAGUGAUCCCCGCUCGACCCGAUACACCAGAGAACAGAGGAAUGUGGCGAAUGCCGCGUUCUCGUUGCUGGACGCAUCCAGCAACAAUUUAUCUCGAGUUCGCAGGCAUCAGUACGAUGGACGUGUUUCGUGAACUGUAUCGAAUUGGUUGAUCUCCAUCUUCGAAGGAUCAAGAUGGUUCGGUCGAACGGGUUGCAGUGAUCGUGCGUUUGAGGAUUAUCCGGUGUGCUCGAUGAAUCUAACGAAGUGUGACUGUGAAACCUUUCAGAUGCACCCAGUGAACUAAACACAGACGUGAAUUACACAAAGUUGAAUCACUUUGAAGGAACGAAAACUGUUCGUGUAUCGAGGUAUCAGAGAACGAUACAACCUGAGACGAGUAUACUCGUCGUAGUUUUUAAAUAAAGUUGAAAAUCGGUGCGAUACGCAGCGGUGGGAGGUCCAGUCAUGUCGGUUUCCCGCGGCUAGCGCCGGCCUCAGGAUUCCGCGAAGCGCGAGCUUCAAGUACUUCGAGGGCGCGGGCCUCGUCGAGAUGAGCGGUGGCAGCAGCGGGAACAACGCCGGCAACCAGGGGAACGGCAAUGCCACCAGCUAUCACCAGCAUCAGCAACAACAACAGCAACAGCAACAGCAGCAACAACAACAACAACAGCAGCAGCAGCAGCAGCAACAGACACAGCUGGAGCAAGCUAGCUUGCUGACAGAUCUGAACGGUAUUGACCUGGCUAUGAGCUUAUCGCCUAAACAGCAUUCAUCCCACGUUCAAUCCGCUGGUGGCGCUCAUACAACUCCGUUCAGCGUCACAGAUAUCCUGUCCCCCAUCGAUAACGAGUCGUUCAGGAAGCUGGAGCAGGUGAUCGGCGUCGGCGUGGUCACGCAUUCUCAGGUCUCUCCUUACGGUAACGCGUGUGGCGCCCGUGUCGGUGGCAAUACCGGUAGCUCGAGCGCAAGCAGCGGCAGUCCACCGCUUCACGGAGGUUCGACGCCCGGUGGCGGCACUCCUGGACCGGUUUCCGGUCCGAACGACGCUACCGGAGGAGGCAGCAGUGCUGCCGGUGCCGGUGCAGGCAUGACUGCAAUGGGGAAUCCUUACGCUACCAUGCAACUCACCUCGCAAUAUCAAUAUUGCGCAGCUGAGUUGUCCUAUCAUCACGCGGGUCCAGGGGUUGCCGCAGGUGCCACCGCAACUGACCCGAUGAGGUCCCAUCAUCCUUGGUACGCUCCGGCUCCACCGGCUACCAACGAUCCACGAUUUGCCAUCUCGCGGCUGAUGGGCGCCGCGGCGGCGGGCGCCGGGACCAACAUGGCCGGCUGCUCUGUGGGCCAGUCAAUGGGCGACGUGACGAAGUCGUCGGGCAUGGGAGUGGGCGUCGGCGUCGGCGUCGGUGUCGGCAUGGGCGUCGGCGCGAUGCAAUUCCCCCACCUUCCACAGAGACGAAAGCGUCGCGUUCUGUUCACUCAGCAGCAGGUUCACGAGCUCGAGAGGCGGUUCAAGCAGCAGAAAUACCUGAGCGCGCCCGAACGAGAACACCUAGCCGCCCUAAUUAACCUUACGCCCACUCAGGUGAAAAUCUGGUUUCAAAAUCACCGAUACAAGUGCAAGAGGCAAGCAAAGGAGAAAGCGAUGGCCGAACACAACGCUCAGAAUCAGAGCGCCAGUUCGCCACGACGGGUGGCCGUACCGGUGUUGGUGAAGGACGGCAAACCGUGCGGAAGCGGCGGCGGUGGCGGAAACGAGGGUAGUCGCGGUGGACCAAGCGCGGCCUUGGCGAGUCCAGCCCCUCACAUGACAGCGGCGUCGAGUCCUCACGGUUCCCACCACGCCGCCUCCUCCGUUUCUCAUCACUCGGUGGUCGGUGUCAGCCACGUGAUGACGUCCAGUCAAAGUCUUCAGCAUUGCUCGUACUCGAGGACGGGAGCUCAACAGAGCAUGCAGCAGCAACAGCAACCGCAAUGCGGCGCGUACCUGCCGUUCCAAGGUCGGGCUUGGUAGUACAUGCCCUCCGCGGCGGGGGCUAACCCCUCCGUCGCAGGUCCAGCUGCCUGGUACCCCGUGGAAGACAGCCCUUAGACAGAGUCACGUGUCCCAUAGUCCAAUUUCAUGAACGAUGCGAGGUUCUUACCUCGAAACUGGUCGUUGGAGGAACACGGGUCACGUGCUAAUCUAGAAGAGUACUGUCUUUCCCUGGUGACGACGCGAAACGCAGACGCUGGAAAGCCGGAUGAACUGUUUCUUCAUUUCGGUGUUUGAGAGAAGAUCGUCUUGGACGAUGGACAAGUUAAUGGAGAACACAGGGCAAAGAGAAUCAUACGAUGAUUUUUCUUUGAGAUGAUUCUGCGUGGACCGCAGGACGAUUACUUGGAGUCGAUGAUUGUGCCAAGGUUUCGAUCGCUUCGAGAAUCGGUUAAAUCUAUCAACUCGUCGUGGUCAAUAACGAAGCUGAGGAAGUAAAAAUUGUGAGAAGUCUUUGGACACUGGAAUUUCUCGGGCUCUUGAAAUGUCAAGUACUUACGCGUUAUUUUUCGUCGUUCCUUUCAACGUCCACAGAAAGUGAUUCGCCCGUUAAACGUUUCAACAUCCAGGAACCAUGUUCGAGAUCCUCAGACUCUGACGUUUUCACGAUCUACCAUAAAAACAAGGAGACGAACAAGUCCAAACUUCUAAUGGGAUUCGAAGCGAUUCGAACGCACCUCCGUCGCUAAUCGAUUCCACCUUGAAAGAAGAGUCUGAUACGAGAAGAAGAACAAUCUAAAUGUGUUACACGUGAAAAAGGAAAGAGACUCUAGAAAUUUUCUCAUUCACGAGUGAAUACUUCUGCAAAGUAUAAAGCAGUUAUUGCAAUAUCUUCCCGAAAAAACGACUAGAUUAUCUAAUUAACGACCAUUUACUACUUAAAGAGUUUUCGAGCAUUACUCGAUGAGAAAGAUGAAAGGAUCGUUUUACUGCACCUGCAAGUUGGCGUAGGUGGGUAAAUGCAGGUGUUGGAAUAAUCUGAUCGGUCCACUCGAUACGAGUCGAUUCCAAUUGUGAGAAACCGUACACCGUGUGUGACAUUCGAGACCCACUCUGCCGACACUGUUGCCUAUCGCUGCAACAACGUGAAAAGCAUUGGAAUUUCCGGUGAAUUGAUUUUCCCCUGGUCGCAGCUUAACUCUGAGAGUUCGAAUUCAAUGUUGUUUCAUUUUAACACUUUGUCUUCUGGUUAAGUUAAAAAUACUUAAGAAAAAAACAAACCAAUGAAUCGAUGUUGGUAGUCGAAAGAGUCCUGAUAUUGAAAUGGCCAAGUAUUCUACAGUUGAGACAUUCGAAUAACACCAAUCUAAAAAGAACUAAAGGUAACAAGAGUGUCCUUAAUACACAUAGCACAUUGUAACAAUGGAUUCUUUGGAUCCGAAAUUACUGUAUAGUAAUUUUCCAAUGGAAAUAAGUUUCUACCGAAAUAGAAUAUCAAUCUAAAGCUUGCCUAAAAAAUCCUAAAUCCUAAAUUUGAAAAUCACGAACCUACUUUUUUCAGAUCCAGAAUCCAUUCUUACAGUAACUUGUAAUAAAAACGAACGCCUAGUUACGCGAAUAACUGAUGCGGGCAAAGAACCGUAGCCAAACAGACGGCAACGCUAAAACCUCAUCGUUUCCACGCGAUCCUCCGCAUCCGUUCGCCAGCUUCGUAUCCGUUAGAAUUCUUUCAUCGAGAAUUGAAAAAACGAGAAUCUAUUCAGGCCGAGAUGUCGACCAAUCGGCUGGCGGUGAUCCGUAUCUAAAACACACACACCCGUAGAGAGAAUAAGUAUUCUUUGAACUGGUGCGACAGGAAGUAGGGGGUAGGCGUAUCGCGGGAGAAGGUGAGGAACAGUCGAAUACACGGUUCGUUCAAUUGAGCGACGCGAAUCCGAGGUUUUUUCCAGGGAAUCGUGUCGCGAGCGUGUUUCAGGCGAACCACGUCGAGCCGGGACACGCGUGUACAUAGUUAGAAAGAUGUAUAUUACAGCGUUUUUCUUGUCGCUCGUCGAAGAAGAGAAGGAGGAUCGAUCGAAAACCGCGAACCUUCUCUCUUCCGCGGUCGGCCACGGGGAACAAAGAGGAGUCGAGCGAGAGAAAGAGGAGAUAAAACACGGCGGUGCCACCCUGUGAUAACGGGGUCACAGCUGUGAAUCCGAUGGUGUAAAUAUAAAACGCGUGUUGCGCUGGUGUUUGGGGGCGUACACGUGACACUUGGUUGGCGGAGUGUAAAAGAGGAUGCCACCAGAGACACCGACGAAACACGAAAGUCGGUGGAUUUUCGAUUGAAAACCGGAGCGUUCACGUUCUACUGUGUAAACGAUUUAGCAAACUCGAGCAUUAUCGACAUUAUGUAACACACACACACACACGUACAUUUACACUGUCAUAUAGACACGCGUACAGACAUGGAACACGGUACACAACACAUACACAUACAAGCGUAAAAAUAUAACGAUUGACGAAAUAGCGAGUAGCGUGUGACGGUGAAGAAAUUAGAGAUUAUUACAAAAAUUUUGUAAAUAACGACAGAGAUAUUAAUAAAACGAUACUUAUUCAAA